AUGGCUUUAAAUGUCCAGAUGAACGCGGUCGCCUAUGCUUAUGCGCUUGAUAUGAUUGAUCUGGCACCAACAUGCGGCAAGGGGUACCUACGCUUGGCCAGUGUGUACAUGCAGAUCGGCCAGCAUCAUUACGCCGUAGAAGCAUAUCAUCAGGGUCUUUUGGCCGUGCCCCGUUCAGACCCUUAUUAUGGCACCUUACAGGAUCGCUAUGAGAACGAACAGGGCCAGCUCUGUGAUAAUGAUGAUACUACUACUGGCCAGCAGCGACGAUUGUCCCGCAAAAAAUAUAAUAGCAUCCCUGUACCACGCCAUAUUUUCAUUUCGAUAUUCGAAAACUUGGAUUUUGCAGAUAGAAGGCGCUGCAUGGCUGUCUGUAAACAUUGGAGAAUAUACCUUCAGGACUGGCCCAAUAUGUGGGAGAGUGUCGAUAUCCGUAAUCCGCCACGAUACCAUGCAGACCGUCCUGCUUCACAACGGUUAUGGAACUCGUAUCAACUGUAUAUGCGGAGCAAGCCGAUCAAAUCAGUCGUGCUGUAUAAUGCCGAUUCAAUUACAUGGAUAAGAUAUUCCACUACGAUCAAAUCUAUUAUUUGCCAUGGCGGCAGUAUCUCGCCCGAUUUGGACUUGUCUUCUGCUGGAACUCAGUUGAAAACGCUCGAAUUGCAUCGUGUCCAAGGCGUCACUUUUGCCGAUGUUCUCAACUCUGGCAUCAUGAAACGGGGCUAUUUGGAAAGACUCGUAUACCAUCCCUAUUCAAACGACAACGGCAAUGAUGAUGAUAAUGUCGUGCAGGAAAUUCCUUGCUCUCUAAAACAGCAUCAAGAUGUUAAAUGUAACCUUGUCAUCCUCGAUGAGUGA